AAGUCCGCAGAUACAUUGAUAUUUCCCGCACGGCAUUGUGCUCCAAUCAGUGAGCGCGCUAGUGUCGGAAGCGCGGCUUCUGAUUGGCUGUAGGCGGUGUGAUGCCGCAGGAGGUGCUAGGAGCCGAAUGAAGGAUUGUCCUGGCCUGGAAGGCAGUGUAUGGGAAAACAAGCAAUAUGAGUGAAGAGUUUUCCGGCUCGCUCACUCCCCCAUUCUCCCCGUACUUCUCCGAGAACCCGGAGCUGGGGGGAAGCCAGCACUGCACACCACCGCGCUUCUCAUGUGCUCAGGACGGGGCUAGAGAUGGCGGGAAGAGCUUCCCCUUUGAUUCCUAUGUGACCAGCGGCUCUCUGAAGAGGCUUUUGCUGAAGCUUGAUCCUUCGCCAACGGAUUAUGAAACGGACACCAUAGAGAUCUUUGGCUUCCAAUGGGUAACUGAAACUGCUCUUGUGGAGUCAACGGAACUUAUGUUUGGAUUACUCAGGCAAAAAGUAAAUGCUCUUGAGAACCUAAAUCAGCCGCUCUCCUUUGACUUUGGGCAAGCAAGUAAUGUGCACUAUGAAGCAGAGGAAAUCCGAAGUCAAUGUGGGAAAUUUUUGCAUUAUGUGAAGAUUUUUAUAUACAGAUUUUUAGAUUCUGCAAAGCAGCAAGAAGAUUUUUUGGCUCAUCCUUAUGAUGAAAUGGAUGCUCAGUUUCCCUCCAAGCUCAUUGAAGAGCUGCACUGUUUGAGCCUGCACAUUGGACCGCUACAGGAACUUCCAAGCAGCAUUCUUGGAGCUUUGACUAUUCAUCAUCAUGGCAAGGUCUUUCCUGCUUCUUGGCAUCUGCUGCAUCUUUACUUGGAUAUUCAUUGGUCCAUUUUAGAAAUCCUACAAAUUUUAGGAGAAAAGAUGCAAGGUCAUAUUGUGUAUGCUCAUCAGUUUAUAAAUCUUUUUGGAAAAAACUUGACAAAUGUGAGCUUGUUUGAGGAGCAUUGUGAAAACCUAAUUUGUGGUCUCAUUGCCCUUGCAGCAGCCAAGUUUUCUAAGGUACGCCCAUCUGAAGCCUUUAUUGGUCAAUUUUAUCCUUGUAUAUGCAUCAAAGAGAUGUGGGUCUUGGUUAUCCAGCUUGUUGACCAUAGGAGCAAAGCCUCUUCAUCGGAGAACUUCUGGAGUUUACUCAGUAUUUUGUUGCGGAAGCUUCUUCAUGGUCCUGGAGGAGGUAGUGAAGUACAUUACAUCUGCAAUGUAGUAAAAUGUAAAGAUACCUUGGGCCUCUGUUGGUGGAUUAUUGCACACCUUUCACCACUGUAUCAGCUUGAUCGGAAUGGGAAUCCAGAAGAGCGUCAGGUUGAAAUCUCUUCAAAUUGGAAAUUUGUUGAAGAACUUCUAAAAAGAUCAACAGAUGUUCAGACUGGAAUCCUAGAGGACCAACUUCGAAUGUAUCUGCAGUGCUGCUUGUCUUUAUGUCACCUUUGGCAAGCAAACCUUACUGUAGCUACUAUUCUAUGGGACUAUUACAGUAAAAACUUGAACAGUCUUUUUAAUAUCUCCUGGCUUGGAUUAAAAUCUCUGGCGAGUGUCAGUAAAACCCCCUUUUCAAUGCUGGAAAUAGUGAAAAGCUGCUGUGCUGAUGAACACAGUCCUGACCUCUACAAGUCUGAUAACAGCUACCUCAUUUUCCUACGGAUCAUGGCAUCCCUGAUGAAAAAAGCUAAACAAAGCAGUGGGAUACAUCCAUGGAAGCAAAUUAAGGGAAGAAUAUAUUCCAAAUUUCACCAAAAGAAGAUGCAGGAGCUCCAAGAGGUUGGUUUGCAGAACUUCUUCACCCUGUUUCUCUUACUGGCCACUUUGGCAGAAACUGAAGAUGUAACUAGCAGGGUCUUGGAUCUUUUAAAUUUUCUAAUACCUAGAAUGCUCAGUUCUUCUCAGAAAACCCUUGUGUGGAGAGGACACUUUGCUUUUAUUCUUAUUUAUGUGGAAAAAAAUAUGGACAUUACUGUUCUAGCAGAAAAACUCUCCAAUAGUUUCCGUGAAACUGCAAAGGAGUUCUUGGUGUCUAAGGGAGACUACGGUCAGAAGCAUACACACUGGUCACUGCUCUCUACUUAUGUAGAUGGUGUCCAAGAAGUUUUCGAAACAAGCAGCUUACUGCUUCUCUCUGAAGAAAAACUAUUAAGUGAUGGUUUUGGCAUGUUACUUCCAGCAUGUCGAGAGUCAGAACUGAGUGCAGUCCUUCAUUUUCUACAGACGGCAGUUUCCAGACUCAGAAAUAUUCACAGUCGCGCAGCCCAAGGACAUGGGAAUGCAGGCAUCCAAGCACAGGCAUUGUCUGUGGCAAAAGAGCGCCAUCUAGCUGUCGCUGCUGCUCUCUGGAGAAAUUUCUUCCCUUUCUUGAAGAGCCUGAGACUUUCCCAAACACCUCCCUCCCAGCUAGCUGACACGGCAGCAGGCUACACUCUUCUGGCUUUGGACAUACCUAGCAGUGCGCCACCUGAGCUUCAACCUCAGCCUAUUGUAUCAAUGAUGCAACUAUUUGGAUGGGAUGACAUGGUCACUCCCCAGCUGGUGUCCCGCUAUCUGAGCCAUCUAAUUGCAAACAGAACAUUAACAGAGGCUCUCAAUGGCAUUGGAAAUGCAGCUUAUCAGGCCCUGUCAAUCAGAACAUGGAGUCGAUGUGUUUUGCAGAUGUAUGUUGAUCAGCCAGUGGAUGGUACAAUUCGAACAGACACUGAAAAAUCGUUGGUACUUUCAGAACAGCUCACAGAACUAACCCGGUUAAUAUUCAAGCUGCCUGAAAUAGAAAAUAUGUUUGUUAAAGCUCAAAUCGAACCAGCAAGUUACAAGCAGGAUCCAAAAAGUGCACUUUUGCAGUUUUUCCAGAUAGUUGGCAUAGUGUAUAGUGGCCUGGAGACCUUGUCAGAAAAGUCUGCCAUGGUGUCAAAAUGCCUGGAGUAUUCUGGUGAUAUCCUAAAAUAUGUCAAGCCUAACCUUACUAAGAAUGGGCCUGUAGAAGGGAUGCAGAUUACGUACCGUACUGUAGGAUAUCUUGUGCGGUACUGGGCAUCGAUUCUGGCCACUUCCAAAGCACAGCAGCUCCUCUUCCGCAUCAUCGAUUACCUGCUUUUACCACAUGCUUUGUUCCAACAAGAUAAGGGUUUGCCGGCAGCUAUGCUGUCUGCUGUAAAGGAGAGCCUGCCUCUCUUUCUCCAGGGUCUGUCAAUCAUUGCUCGUCAAUCUCAAGUACAAGCUUCCUAUGUAAAACAGCAGCUAAAAACUAUUAUUGAGCAAUAUUUUGGGAGAUUUUUGCCCAGUGCUCCUCAAGCCCCAACUGCUGGAAGCCAUCCUAUACUUUUAGCCUUGUGUGAUUCUGUUCAGAGCCCACAUACUGCCAUCCUUAGAAAAACUGUAAUGCAAGUCAUAAAUGACAGUCACUUGCAAUUUAAAGGCCAAGCCCCACCUCCCCGGCUAGCCUCUGUUCUAUCUUUCGUCAUUGACGUUUUUCAGCGUAGUAAGACCAUUGAAGUAGCAGAUGCAGAGUUUCUUCUUCCUGCUAUCUUGAAAUGCAUGACACUGGUCAAUGAGCCUAUGGUGAAGAAGCUUUCUACAAAAGCAUUGCAGCACAUUAUUGAAGGCUGUCGGCAGGUUCCACAAGGGGAAGCUGUAUCUUAUGUUGCAUGCAUUUUAAGGCAGUUUAUUCAAGAAUAUUUGUGGAUGUAUGAUCAUCAGAUAUUUGGCAUCUUGGAGACGAUAUCUAUUUUGGACCAGUCACUUGUUGUAGACCUAAUUCCUACAGUUUCUGAAAGCUUGAAGUCAUCCGAACAUAAGCGUGGACAAGGAAGGAAUGCAGCUUCUAGGGAGGCUUACAAAAGAUUGCUGUCUCACUUGGGUGAACCUGGACAAAAUGAGCUUGAGGCACUAGAAAAUGAAAGACUUUCGUCCUGAACCAAUAUCAAAACCAUUGCUUAAAACACAACUGUCAUGUUCAGGUGAAGCUACAUUCUGUAGACGUUUAUCAGUCUACUUAAGGAUAGAGUUAACUUGGGUCUCUGAAAUUUUAAAGAAAACAAGUAUUUAUUUUGGACUUGCAGCAAUGCUAAAAUCAUGUUUGUUGGCCUUGUUGAAAUGUGCAAUAUGGACUUUACUUUGUCUUUUGUAAAGCUCUUGCAUAAAUAUGUAGUCAUCCUUCUCUUCAAAAAUAUAUUUUUAUAUAA